AUGAGAUUAACAAAAGGGAGUAAAGUGGAGGUCUUAAGCAGAAAGGAGGGCAGUAGAGGCUCAUGGCUUUGUGCUGAAAUAAUCUCGGGGAAUGGCCACACAUACAUUGUGAGAUAUGACUGUUUUUCAAUGAUUGGUGAGGCAUUAGUGGAGAGGGUGCCGAGGAAGGACAUCAGGCCUUGCCCUCCACCUGUGGAAGGUUCGGAUAUUUGGGUUCUAGGUGAUCAUGUGGAGGUUUUUCACAUGAUGUCCUGGAAGGCUGCUUUAAUUGUGAAGGCUUUGGGUGUGAAUGAUUUCCUAGUUAGGCUACUUGGAGUUUGUCAAGAGUUCAGUGUCCACAAAUCUCAUCUCAGGGCUCGGCAGUGUUGGAUAAACGGGAAAUGGAUCAUUCUAGGGAAGAAGGCGAGAUCAUUUGAAAAAGAAUGGAGUCAUCAACAAAUGUUUUGUGAGUGUUCAACACCAAUGCUCGAAAAGGUAGAUGCAUAUAUAUCCCAACAAGAAAAAUUGAGUAACAAAUAUACUUCUGGUAUUGGAAUGCCUAGACCCUCUGAAAUGGAUGCUGAUAGGGAAACAGAAACACGAAACAUGUUUCAUUUUAGCCUUGAUUCGGGAACUUCUGCAUCUAAUGAUGCUGAUAGUAGUGCAUCAUCCAUGGUAUCCGAGAAGAGCCUCCAAGAAGUAUUUGCAGCAAAGCUUGCGGUUUUUUCGAAGGUCCCAAGAAUCAUCAAGGUUUGUGGUUCUGAAAGUACAAUCAUCAUGAGAUUAACAAAAGGGAGUAAAGUGGAGGUAUUAAGCAGAAAGGAAGUCUGGAAAGGCUCAUGGCUUUCUGCUGAAAUAAUCUCAGGGAAUGGCCACACAUACAGUGUGACAUAUGACUGUUUUCCCAUGACUAGCGAGGCAUUCGUCGAGAGGGUGCCUAGGAAGGACAUCAGGCCUUGCCCUCCACUUGCCAAAGGUUCUGAUAAUUGGUUUCCGGGUGAUCAUGUCGAGGUGUUUGAUAAUAUGUCUUGGAAGGCAGCUUCAAUUGUGAAAACUGGGGGUGUGAAUACUUUCCUAGUUAGGCUGCUUGGAGUUUGUCAGGAGCUCAUUGUCCACAAAUCUCUCCUCAGGGCUAGACAGUGUUGGAUAAACGGGAAAUGGCUUGUUCUAGGCAAGAGGGCAAGAAGAGUUGAAAAAGAAUGGAGCCAUCAACAAAUGUUUCCUAAACAUUCAACACCAAUGCUCAAAAAGGUGGUUGCAUACACAUCCCCGCAAGGAAAAUUGAGUGACGAAUAUAGGCAUUCUUCGCGUAUUGGAAUGCCUAGCUGCUUUGAAAUGAUGGAUGCCAGUAGGGAAACAGAAACACGAAACAGGUUCGAUUUUAGUCAUGAUUGGGAAACUUCUGCAUCUGAUGAUACUAAUAGUGGUGCAUCAUCCAUGGCUAGUUGUAGUGUUAUUAAUGGCAAUGUUUUUUAUAAGGUUCCCUAUAGCUUUGAAACAAAUCAUAGUGAAGAUGCUGAGAUUCAAUAUUAUAGUGACGCUGAAUCAUUUACAGGAGAUCAUAGGCUAGAGCUACAAUCUUAUGGUAGGACUCCUGUUUGUUAA